AAUCAAAGUUAAAGUCGAGUUUAUUGUGACAUGCACAAGUACAUGUAUGCACAAGUACCUGUAUGCACAAGUACAUUAUGCACAGGUGCAAUGAGAAACUAACUUGCAUCAACAUCACAGGCACAGAGCAACAUUAUGCCAGCAAUCCUUGAAGUCCUUGGACCAUGCAACUUGGAACUUAUUAACACCAGGAAGGGCACCCUGACAAUCUAGUUGGUUGGGCAGCAGAACUCAAAAGACAUAGAGGAUGACCAGUUGAGUUGGAAAUGUAGAUCGAAAUCACUGAGAACAGAAGUCAGUUGAUGCAGCAGCCGAGAGAGGAAAUCCGUGAAAAUAUCCCAAAGGACAAACUCAGAGCAUUAGCUUGGAUGGUUGGUAGAGAACGGGAAUUUGAGGGACUCAAAGGAGGGGAAGAUGUCAGAGGAGCAGGUUCUAGUUGAUAAACAAAUGAUCUGGAGAUAUGUUCAAAUCCCACCAAGAUAACUGGUGGAUUUGAGAGAAAAAACACAGAAAAUGCUGGAAAUAUUCAUCAGGUCAGGCAGUAUCUGUGGAUAGAAGAGCAGAAUUACUAUUUUAGGUUGAUGGCCUUUCAUCAGGUCUGAUCUACAGUCUGGAUACAUUAAUAUUCUUGAUGGAAAUACAAAGCAACCCAGUUAUUAAUAGUCCUAAUUGUCAUUCACUUUAUUAUAUAAAAAAACAGGAUUUUCCAAGUCAUUAAUUUUAAUACAAAACUUGAAGUGAGUGAAGGUUGAAGAGAUUUGUGUGUAUGACCUGUACCCUGAACCUGGCUUUCAUGUGGGGCCCUGUCACCCUCUUAAUUACGGCUCAGUUCGGGACAGCACACAAAGAAAACCUCAUACAGCAGCGGUGAGGUUCUUGAACAAGUCAGUUUAUUCAGGCCCUGUUACAGUGUACACUGGGGAGCACUUUGAGUGAGAGCUCAAAGAUACUCCACUGACCCAAAAGGCUUCAAGCCACUUAUAGUUACAAGUGGAUUUUACAAUUUCACAAUAAUUUAUGAGUAACCCAAUUUUCUUUGUAGUAUUUGAUUGCUGUUUAUCUCUGCUGGAGUUACCUCUAUCUGCCUGACAGUCUUACUGGGUACUCUAAUUUAUGAUCUUGUUUUUCUGUGGUGACUCCACUUAUGAUCAGCUCUCCUCCACUUAGCCUGCAUUCCAACAUCCAUUUGUUUAUCUCUGCUCCAGCUAGUUAAGCCUUGCAGUCUAAACACUUCCUUAACCUAAUCCUUUUCAAAUUUGUAUGGCACUUAGGUUGACCAUAGUACAAAGUUUCUCAAUUUUCUUAUGAGAUUCCUUGUUCAGUGAACUGUAAGGAGCAUAUUACUGGACUUCAAGGAGACAUAACAAACAAUCUGCUGGAAGAACUCAGCAGGUUGAGCAGCAUCUGUGGGAGGAAAGGAACUGUCGACGUUUCGGGUCGAGACCCUCCAUCAGGACAUCAACCCUGCAUCACAUCGCAGACUUCUCCCAGCAGGUUGGUUGUUGCUCCAGAUUCCAGCAUUUGCAGUUUCUGUUUCCUCCAGGAGACAGAGACAGGCUGGAGGAAUGAGCUGAUGGGCAGAAGGUGACAUUUAAUAGUGAGAAAUGUGAAGUGAUACAUCUCGGAAGGAAGAAUGACAAGAGGCAAUCAGGAGGUAAAAGUAACUUGAGUUUCUUCUGGCAUGGUUGUAUCGUUAUCAUUGCUGAAUCAACCCAUUAGUUUUGAAUGCCAUAACCACAAUUUUAUGGAUACUGGCUUGCCUUCAGCUCUGGAGGCAAUAUAGAUUAGAGGGCAAUAAAAGGGCUGCAACAACAGAGAGAUUUGGAGGUAAUUUAUUCAUUGAAAUUGGCAAGGCAGGUUGAGAAAAUGGUUAAAAAACAGAGGCACUAGGGCUUUAUAAAUUGAGGCAUAGAGUGUAAGAGAAAUGAAGCAGUGAUUAACCUUUGCAAAACACUGUUAGAAUUGGUGUAUUGUGUUCAGUUCUUGAUGCCAGACUUUAGGAAAGGUCCAAGGGUUUUAGUGAGGAUGUAGAAGAGACUCACUGGAAUGAUUCCAGGGAUUUUAAUUAGACCUUGGACAUAGGAGGUCUGAUAGAGGUAUUUCCUAGCACAAUGGGUAGAGGCAGAGUAGAUGGAGAGCAAUCACCAUCCGGGCUGUGCCAUCUUCUCGCAGCUACCAUCGGGCAGGAGGUACAGAAGCCUGAAGUCCCACACCACCAGGGUCAAGAACAGUUACUUCCCUUCAACCAUUCAGUUCUUGAACCAACCGGCAAAACCCUAAUCACUACAGUAUAGCAACACUGUGACCACUUUGAUCACUUUGCACAAAAAUGGACUUUUUUUUGUCCUACUUGUGUUCUUUCUUGUAAAAAUUGUUUAUAAUUUAUGUUUUUCUUGUGAAUGCUGCUUAUAUGAUGCUCUAUGCCUGCAAUGCUGCUAAAAGUAAGCUUUUAAUUGCAGCUAUGCACACAUGCGCUUGUUCGUAAUAACAAUAAACUCGACUUUGACUUUGAAAGAGUCCCUAUUAGCAGAAGAGCAAAGAACCAGGGGACAGAAAGUGAGGGUGAUUAGCAAAAAAAAACCCAAAACUGACAGGAAGAAAAUUCUUUUUUCCAUAAUGCAUGGUUGGGGUCUGUAAUAAUGGAGACAAAUUCAUUUGUAGCAUUCAGAAGGGAGCUGGAUACGUAUUUGAUUUUUAUUUGCAGGGCUAUUGAGAAAGGACAGGGCAGUGGGAUUGCCUGAACUGCCCUUAUCUGGAGUCAGUAUUAGACUAGACUGGCCGAGUAACUUCCUUCCAUGCAGUAACAAUUCCGCGAUUUUGCAAUUCUGUAAUCUAUUUCCAUGAAUUUGAUAUUGGAUUACAGAGAAGGACUGAUAAUCCGUGAAAUGACAGGCGUUUUGGAAGCAGCCCGGCAGGUUCCCCUGAUCCAAUCAAUGUUAGCGAGGGGCGGGGUCCACCUUGAUCCACUUUCCCCUGAGGAACAACAUUUAACAUUUAUAAUGCUCACACUUCCUGGAGUAGGCAUCUAAGCAACAGACUCGUCGGCUUCGAGAAGAUUGUUCGCUUCUAGUAAUUUAACCAGUAUGUCAUCCCCGAGGCCAGUAAGAUACAGAGCUUUUCUUGUUCCAGGUUACUAUGACGGUUAUUUAGGAAAACAGGAGACUAAAAGCCAGGAUAUGAAUGAUGCUGCCAAUCCUGAAAUUUAUUGCCCAUCUGUAAUCCCCACUGAAAAAUACAAGAGGUACUGGACUGUGCUGAGAGGGAACGAGCUGUUCUUCCAGAUGACAAGCAGGGAUCCAACGUACAUUGAGAAAAUCAGUCUUGACAACUUUGUGUCUGUGGAAAACGAUGACAGCCGUAAUAAUAACCAGCAAAAUACCUUUAUACUGAAGCUGAAAUCUGGACAUACGAAGUUAGAGGCAGAUAGUUUAGAAGCCCGGGAACAAUGGAAAGGCUUUAUUCACACCGUUGCAAAGCUGGAGGUUCCCAACUUGGAUUUCCUCCCUGGACAGAUUCACAGACUUCAGGAGGUAUGUGAAGCGGAGACAAAGCGACGCCAAAAGCCAGCAUCAUCUCCACCAGCACUGCCGCCACCUCGAUCACGGCCAUCGACUCCAGAGUUUGCCAAAAAUGACUACGAUGAUGUAGAAAACAACCUUCCCAGCUGCUUCUAUGAAGUCACACGACUUGAGGCUGAGGCCCUGUUGGAGAAAAAUGUAGAACAUGGGAACAUGUUAAUGAGACCUAGCAGCAAUAACAAGAACUUAUCAAUUACAACACGACAAGUCUUCAAAAACAACUCGAUCAUAAAGCACUACCGGAUAAGUAGUACGGACAAUGGCUACAUCAUUGAAGUUGAUGAUGGUAUCCCGUGCAGCAGUAGACAGGAAGUCAUCAACUUUUUUAUUCAACACACCCAGGGAGUGUUGAAGCCUUUAGAAAUACCAGCUGAUUACGAAAUCAAUCUGAGUUAUGUGCAGGAAGAUGCUGAAAGUGGAGAACUGAUUCAUCAGAAGCUCCAUACACUGAAACUAUCACCAACCAAGACAUCAACCCAACCAGUUAACAAAGAGAAAUGGAGCCCAAAGAUUCCGAAAAAUAUAGAACCAGAACCAGACUACCUCAAUGACAAUGAAAUACCCAAGGAAUCACUGCCAGCACGUCCAAAAAUUCAACAACCAGCAAGGCCCUCUCAGUCCAACACUCUUCCAGGAUUAACAUACGCUGUUAACAAAGAGCUCCAAUUAAAGUUGCAGCAGAGAAGGGCAGCAAUGUGUGACUGAGAGGCUUCCUGCUGAGGGCCAUGUUCAUUCAUCAAUCUGAGGAGCAUCAGGUGAAGAACUGGGAUCUGAGUGAUACUUGUGACAUGACUGAACAUGCAAUACUUGACUUUCAAAAACUGACUUUCUCAUUUGAUGACACUAAGCCUCUUCACAAAAGCUGCUUAAUCUUGAUUCUGAUAUUUACAUGCUUUGAUAAUUGUAUUGAUUGUAUUUCUAGUUCAGUGACGGUUGUCAAUACUAAUUUAAAUGAGAACUAUUCCAUAUUACAGCAAAAAUUGUAAAGUGGAUAGAAGUUACUCUAGGGGUGUUUAGUGAAACUGAGAAUUUCUAAGACUUACCAAAUGAACUUGGAUGAGAUUUGUGAUCCCACCUUGUUCCCAUGAGUUGUCAACUCCAUUGUUGAAAUCCCAGCUUUAGUCUAAUUUCUAAAACAGACAAAUGAUGUGAUGGUUGGGACUGUGCUGAUAUAAAAUGUAUGAAACUAUCAAGGAAAUUGGUAAGAAGUUUGUAUAAUUUUCUAUGAAUCCACUAAGAGUCUAUAGUAACCCUAUGGAACCGAUUUGUUUGAAAAAUGCCAAUCAAUUUAAUGUACAUUAAAUUGCACAUCAUAAUCUUGCAGGUGCCAUUGACUAGCCUUUGAUAUUUUGAUCAAAGGAACAAAAUAUGCUGCAAAGGUUGGGUUUUAAAAAAUGAAAAGCAAUGUUCAAUGUAAUUGAAUAUUGGGAGGGCAGUUGGGAUUGGGGGUGGGCAUUUGACUCACUUUCUUAAAACGCCAGGAAUGAGUAUUGAGCUAUGCAGCCUGGACUGUGAAAAGGAGCGAGAAAAUGUGAAAUUAACAAAUCAAGUUCACUUGCUCCACAAACACAUGACUGCACACAUUACCAGAUCUCUAAAUUUUUCAUUACUACUUGUUAAUUUAGAAUAGAUGCAUUAUUUCAGGUUAACUGCUAUUAAAAUAGUUUAAUAAACCUUAUGGAGCAUAUUGGUUCUAGAAUUGUGUGGGUCCAGUAAUGUGGAAAGGAGGAAAUAGUCUUGGCAUGUAGAAUGUAAAGAUUGGUAUUCUCAGGUUUUGCUCAAUAGGUUUUGAGUGCCUGGGGCCAGUGCAGCUUGGAAGGAAAUUUGCAGAACCUUGCCUCAGGAAAUUAGUGAUUUUAAGAAUCCAUAAAGUGUGAAUCAAACAUUCUUUGGAAGCUGCUUUUAGUAUUCUUAAUAGACCAUAGAACAAUAUGGCACAACACAAUACAGGCCCUUUGGCCCACCAUGUUGUACCAAUCAAGUGGUUUUCUAGUCCUCUUGUAUUGAGUUGUCAGUGCAAUAUGCACUUUUUAUAAAGGAAAGGGUAGUCAAACUUGAGUAUAAUGGAGAAAAGAUCUAAUUAAAAGUGGGUGUGUCUUAGAAGAUUGAGCUUCACCACUAGAGUGCAGCUUCCCCUUUUAAAUAGCACUUUGCUUGAAUCAAUUAUCUGAACGUGAUUAUUUAGGACUCCAUAUUUACAGUAAUAUGCUUUAUAAGAAAGCUGUGCUGAGUAACCAGCUGUGCUGUGCAGUAGCUCUGAAUAAAUUUAUGUAAAGAUUGUUAUUGUAAUAUAACCUUUAUUAGAAUUUGUGAUUUCUUGAUACACUUUGAAAUGAUAUCUAGGAGGUUGUACAACUGAAUUAUUUUGUUUGUUUUUGUUUUCUAAUCAUGAAUAGGCAGCACAUGGUCAGUGUAAUGAUCAAAGGGAGGAAACCUCCCUAAUGUUCCUGCCAAAGCAGGGAAAUUGAACCCUAGUUGAAUACUGGCCAAAAGAUAAAACUUCAGGUCGCUAUAGCAUGAUUCCACUUCAGAUGUCCUCUUUAAAAUGAG